AUGGCCUGGUCGCUUAGACAUGGUGUAUACGCCGAAGAGAUCAGUUUCCCCGGCUAUUCUGGCCAGAGUCAACCACAGUCGGCCUAUUAUCAGGCCAUGUCGAGCGCAUCUUCACCCUAUCUUCUGCAAUCCAUCUACUUGUCCACGACUUCCGGCCACCCCGGAGGUGGAUCCGUCUGGUCUCAGGAGCAGGCAGACUGCUUGACUGGCCAAGGCAGUGAACCGUCUGACGACUGGACCCGACUCGGUAUUGCUGCCAGAAGCACGGAUCGUUCAGUUGACCCGAUCAGUCCUUUGGCCAAUCAGAGGCACAGGCGACAAGUAGCCAAAUCAACCGGGGCCGGGGUUGAACCGGACAGUCAAGAGGCAACACUCAGACCCUCGGUCUACAAUUAUCCCAAUGCCACUGGUUUUCUCGCCACCGGCUGGGGCUCUAGUCAGCCUCAAUCGCUGCCACCUUCGACACAUCAUCACGCAUACCCGCAACACCUUUCACAACCUACCGAUUCCCAAGGAGACCAACAACAGUCACAUCCUCGUCUACCGUCGCAGCAGAAUCACACCCAUCUUCACCUUCAUUCCAACCCGUCGGCACACCAGCAUCAACAACACUCUUUCUCUCCAGACACAGCAGACCAACUCUAUUUGGACUCUCGCCUCCGAGAGGGCAAGUCGCUUGAACAACAACUCGCGUCACAUCGAAUGGUCGGAAGAGAAGCUGAAAUGCGAGAAAAACUUUCAUCGCUCGGCACCCCUGACCGCCUUGCCGACUAUCGGUCUUUAUUGGUUGCGGCGGCUGCAGUCCGAGAGCAGCAUCUUCAACACCAACACCAUCAACAACAGCAUCAUCAACAUCAGCAACAACAACAACAAAGUCCCAUGUCUCAGUCUCAACAGUACCCACUGUCUCCAGAAUUGCACUACCAACAACAGCAUUUUUAUCAGACACGUCAACAACAACUGUACCCCAGUGGGCAAAACUAUUUCUCGGACUAUCAACAAACACCGCAGCAGCAGCAGCAACAGCAACAACAACAACAACAACAACAGCAUUACUCAUCCCUCUACCAGGCUUACCAGACCUGCGGAGCCACUCAACCUGCCUUGCAGGCCUACAUUCCAAAUGAUAUUCGGCCUGGCUUCAUGCCUUCCCCGAAUGACGAGACGACCCAUUGCUUUGUCCCACUCGAUUAUCCCUCAGCCGCAGCCAACCUUGACUCGACGGCAACCCUGACAACAUUGCCCGUGACGACAACAACUACAGCCGCGGCAACAACGGCUGCUACGGCCGCGGCCGCAGCCGCAGCUGCCGCGGCAGCAGCAGCGGCGGCCUGUUGGAUGCCGUUUGGACAAACGGAUGCUAAUUUUUUGACACGACGUGCAGACCAAGAUGUUCGAGCAGCCACGAUUUCGACGGGUGGACGUCGAUUCGAUGAUGGAGAGUCGUUCAAGUCGUUUCGAGGCCCUCUUAGUUCCUGGCAAGGCACAUUAGGUGGGUAUUGA